AUGCCAUGGGUAGCCCAGUGUCUCUAUUCGGAUGGUGAAACGGUGCAAUUACCAGACGGACGGUGUUAUCGUGCUCGAGGCUCAUCGGCGUUGAAAACAGUCGCUGCAGAGCCAGGAUGCCCUGAGCACGACAAGUUUUAUGUUAUCCUCGGCCGUAUCUAUGAACCGUCGCCCGAAGAUUUAGCGCUGAUUCAGCAAAUUCAUCUGGAAAAUCGACUAACCCAUUGA